AUGAGACAAUUCUUCGAAGAUUGGUGCAAAGGGCGAAAGCCUACUCCUUGUUUGCAACUUGUGCAAGAAAGCCUCCUCCUUGUUUGCAACUUGUGUAAGAAAGCCUCCUCCUUGUUUGCAACUUGUGCAAGAAAGCCUCCUCCUUGUUUGCAACUUGUAAGAAAGCUCCUUGUUUGCAACUUGCAAGAAAAGCCUCCUCCUUGUUUGCAACUUGUGCAAGAAAGCCUCCUCCUUGUUUGCAACUUGCCUCCUCCUCCUUGUUUGCAACUUGUGCAAGAAAGCCUCCUCCUUGUUUGCAACUUGUGUAAGAAAGCCUCCUCCUUGUUUUGCAACUUUGCAACCUCCUCCUGUUUGCAACUUGUAAAAAGCCUCCUCCUUGUUUGCAACUUGUGCAAGAAAGCCUCCUCCUUGUUUGCAACUUGUGUAAGAAAGCCUCCUCCUUGGGAUGAUGAUUCUAUCUAUCUAUCUAUCUAUCUAUCUAUCUAUCUAUCUAUCUAUCUAUCUAUUUAA